CGGCGUUUGAAAAACUUCCGGCGGGAACCGGAAGAUGCGGUCACACAGAAUCCCGGGCCUUCUGACUCGCCGGGCGGGAAGAUGUCAUCAUUGCCAAGAAGAGCAAAAGUCAAGGUCCAGACUGUGGUAUCCAAAGAUGAAUUCUCUUCCUUCUCAGAGUUAUCAUCUGCCUCUGAAGAAGAUGACAAGGAAGAUAGUGCCUGGGAGCCCCAAAAGAAAGUCCCCAGAAGUCGUAAGCAGCCUGUUCCCAAGGAAUGCAAACCAAAGAGGGUGCGACGGGUAAAGAAGACCACCCUACAGAUCAGUGAUGGCUCGGAAGGUGUGGCUGUUAAGGAGGAGCUGAAUAACUCUGUGGCUAUUGCUGAUGUUGAUUUGGAAGACAGAAAAAAUAAGUUGGAUACUGUGCAGACUCUGAAAACAGCAAAGACAAAACGGAAAAAUUCAGCUCAGUCACCUUCAGGUCAGAGGACCAAAAAGCUAAAAGUUGAUGAAGAAGGCAACAGGGCCAGCACCCUGGAGAGUGGGCACGAGGCUGCAGAGAUGCCAUCCACAAGCACCAUGUGGGAAGGUGCGUGCAAGAAGGAAGAGAAUGGAGAUGACUUUACAUUUGGUCAGUCCCCUUUAAAGAAAAUGAAGACGGAAACAUGUCCCCAAGGGCAGCCUGUGAGGCUUCCAGCAAAUGCCACCAAUAUUAAGGAGGAGGUGGAAAUGAACUGGGACAUAGUACAGGUUUUAUCUGAGAGAACUAAUAUUGAACUUUGGGUUUGUGCCAACAUUAUUCGUCUCUUUAAUGACGAUAACACAAUUCCCUUCAUUAUACGGUAUCGAAAAGAACUCAUUAAUAACCUUGAUGCUGAUUCCUUGAGAGAAGUUCGACAAACCCUAGAGGAGCUCCGGGCUGUUGCAAAGAAGGUUCAUAGUACAAUCCAAAAAAUUAAGAAGGAGGGGAAGAUGUCUGAGUGCUUGUUAAAAGCCUUACUGAACUGUAAAACUUUUGAAGAACUAGAACAUGUGUCAGCUCCAUAUAAAACUGGGAGCAAAGGCACUAAAGCCCAGAGAGCAAAGCAGUUGGGAUUAGAAGGAGCAGCCAGGACACUGCUUGAGAAUCCAGGGCAGCUCAAUCUGCUAUCUUACAUUAAACCCAAUGUAAAAGGACUUUCAGCACUCCAGGAUAUUGAAACGGGAGUGCAGCAUAUUUUAGCAGACAUGAUUGCUAAAGACAAAGACACGCUUGACUUCAUUCGGAAAUUGUGCCAAAAUAGGUAUAUUUGCAUCCAGUCAUCUCUGGCGAAGGUGUCCUCAAAAAAAGUAAAUGAGAAAGACGUUGAUAAGUUUCUGCUCUACCAGAAUUUUUCAUGCAACAUAAGAAACAUCCAACAUCAUCAGAUCCUGGCAAUUAACCGUGGGGAAAAUUUGAAGAUACUGACUGUUAAGGUCAACAUUUCUGAUGGCGUGAAGAAUGAAUUCUGUAGGUGGUGCAUCCAAAACAGGUGGAGACCACGUGGCUUUGCAAGGCCGGAGUUAAUGAAGAUCUUACACAGUUCACUGGAUGAUUCUUUUAAACGCCUUAUUUAUCCUCUCCUCUGUAGAGAGUUCAGGGCCAAACUAACAUCAGAUGCAGAGAAGGAAUCAGUAAUGAUGUUUGGACGGAACCUUCGUCAGCUCCUUUUAACAAGUCCUGUUCCAGGGCGCACCCUGAUGGGGGUGGAUCCUGGUUACAAACAUGGUUGCAAAUUGGCUAUAAUUUCUCCUACCAGUCAGAUACUUCAUACAGAUGUGGUUUACUUGCAUUGUGGACAAGGCUUCCGAGAGGCAGAGAAAAUAAAGAGGCUUUUGCUGAAUUUCAACUGCAGCACGGUGGUGAUUGGAAAUGGAACUGCCUGCCGGGAAACAGAAGCUUACUUUGCUGACCUGAUAAUGAAAAAUUACUUUGCACCACUGGAUGUUGUUUACUGUAUCGUCAGUGAAGCAGGGGCAUCAAUCUACAGUGUCAGCCCUGAAGCUAACAAAGAGAUGCCGGGGCUGGACCCUAAUUUGAGAAGUGCAGUUUCCAUAGCAAGGCGUGUACAAGACCCAUUAGCUGAGCUGGUGAAAAUUGAGCCGAAGCACAUUGGAGUUGGAAUGUACCAGCAUGACGUAUCUCAGACUUUGCUCAAGGCAACACUGGACAGUGUUGUAGAAGAAUGUGUCAGCUUUGUGGGAGUGGAUAUUAACAUCUGUUCUGAAGUUUUGUUGAGGCAUAUUGCAGGACUCAAUGCCAACCGAGCCAAAAAUAUUAUUGAAUGGCGAGAGAAAAAUGGACCCUUUGUCAACCGAGAACAGCUAAAAAAAGUGAAAGGGCUGGGUCCGAAAUCUUUCCAACAGUGUGCUGGCUUCAUCAGAAUCAACCAGGAUUAUAUUAGAACAUUUUGCAGUAGUCAGCAAACCGAAUCUGCGGGCCAAAUUCAGGGAGUUGCUGUGACAUCUUCAGCAGGUGUUGAGGUCACAAAUGAGAAGCAAGGCAAGAAGAAGAGCAAAACUGCAGUAAAUGUUGUACUGAAGCCAAAUCCUUUGGACCAAACUUGUAUUCACCCGGAAUCGUAUGACAUAGCGAUGAGGUUUUUGUCAUUCAUCAGAGGGACGCUGUAUGAGAUUGGAAAGCCUGAAAUGGAGCAAAAAAUAAAUUCGUUCCUUGAAAAGGAGGGCAUAGAGAAAAUUGCAGAAAGUUUGCAAACAACAGUUCACACCUUACAGGUCAUCAUAGAUGGUCUCAGCCAGCCUGAGAGCUUUGACUUUCGAACAGAUUUUGAUAAACCUGAUUUCAAGAGAAGCAUAGUCUGCUUGGAAGACCUGCAGGUUGGGACAGUUCUCACAGGCAAAGUCGAGAAUGCCACUCUGUUUGGAAUUUUUGUAGAUAUAGGAGUGGGGAGAUCAGGGCUGAUUCCCAUACGAAAUGUGACAGAAGCAAAACUUUCUAAAACAAAGAAGAGAAGGAGUCUUGGACUGGGCCCUGGAGAAAGAGUGGAAGUCCAAGUACUCAACAUUGACAUCCCCCGAUCUAGGAUUACUCUGGACCUCAUUCGGGUGUUGUUUGAAUCUCUUGGCCAUGAAGAAGAGAGUGGCACCAGUGAAAGUCGGACCUAAGAAAGGAGAGUGAAAACAGCAUAGAACAGAUGGGACAAACAAAAACACAGGUAAGAUGAUAUAUACAAACCCUAAUGCAUCAAUAUUUACUUUAAAUGUAAGUGCUUGGAUUAAAAGGCAAAGAUUAUUCAGUCCGGAUGAAACAACAGAAACAAAACCAUGGAGCCUCAAGCAGUAGAGCCUGCGCGAAGAAGCAGAGAGGAUGCAUUUGCAGGCACAUUUCAGAACAGCCUACCAAGGUGUGUUUCCCCACGUUGAGGGACACAUCCUGAAGUGUGACACCUGAUCCUUCGUGAACAGUAGCAGGAGUCAAAUGCACAGGCCGGUGGCAGAUGCUUCCCCAAGACCAGAUUUGGUUUUGAGAAACAAAAAGAAGAUGGACUGAACAAGGAAUCACACACUUAGAGUUCACCAACGGGUGCCGCUGAUAAAGGCAUAACACCUGGCUCCCCAAGUGUAAUUCCAACAAGAAUGUUGAUAUUAACAAGUUGGAUGCAAGUGAAACAAUGAAGAUGUGUUGGAACCUCCCACAUCCAACCAUUGUGUGACUUCUUUGUGGAAUUGGAUCAUAGUUUUGGAAUACUGGAAGAGUAGGGGUUUUUCUUCUUCUCCUCUUCCUCCUCCUCCUUCUUUUUUUCUGUUCACAAUGUACUGGCUGUAGAUGUGACAUAUUUUUAAGUUUCAUCUGUAUCAUUAACAUUUUCUCCAUCACUUUCUUAGAUCUAGACCAGGGUCUGGCAAACUACAUCCCAAGAGCCACAUUAAACUUAGUUCACCUUACUGUUUUAAAUUAUCCAUUCAGGUCUAAAUAUCGUAAGACUUUGAUAGGCACCAAAAUAUGUGAAUAAGCUCUUGUUAGAAGUACAAGAAAUAUUGUACAUCAUUCCUUUUUCCCUUGAGCUUCUAUUUGCCUUUCACUUCUUUCACAUAAUUUUAUCCCAGUGGAGUAUCAUUAUGCUUAAGCAUUUUUUGUGUUAUUCCUAUCAUAUUUCUCUGCAACAAAAAAUGUAUGAAUUAAAAUUUAAUUUGUUUUAA